AUGGUCAGAUCACUUGAUAUUCUCUCGAUUAAAUCCAUUAUUUUAUGGUUUACUGCAGUAUUUUUACUCUGGAUCAUAUUUUCAUCAUGCAAUUUUGAUGAAUUCAAAUACAAACAAUACUUUAAAUACUUUACAACACUGGAUUUACGAGAUCCACUCGCAACUAUAAAGCUUGGAGAUAACGGAAUUUCAUCGAUUACUUCACCGGCCAGAAUAUCUUUAGAUUCGUCAUUCCUUAAACCUUAUAAAAAACGCAGUUUAAAAAAUUCAAACCUCAAUGACAAUAGACUUAAAGGUCCUGGAAUAGAUAUGGUACAGCAGCAAGCAGCAUCCGAAUCUUUAGAACAUGAAAUUCACAAACACUACGAAGAAGAAUCUGAAGAUUGGUGGGAAGUUUAUCGAAGUUACGAAUACGAAACUGCAGACUCAUUAGGUGAUAUGUUCUUGGUGCAAGUUGAAGAGGCCCAAGUUAUUCAUAAGCAGCAUGCACUGCUAGAUGACCUUCAGCAUGCUGAUGAAAUAACCCAAGAUACAGCUUCCCAAGAUGUUUUCAGUGCUGGUGGUACUAAUAAACUUGAACAGAGUAAUGUUAAUGCUAAUGCGAGUAGUGUGGCUGUGGCUGAAGCCCAACAACAUCAACAAGAAGAUUUGAUGGAUGUUAAACAAUAUCAAAAGAUUCAUGUUUUACAAGUAUCAGCAGCUGGGUUAAUGAUUAAUGAAUAUGAAGAAGAGAGAUUAGCGGAUUAUCAAUAUCAGUUGGAGGUAGACAUUUUUAAUCAAUGGGAAUAUCAGAGUGAACAGGAAAGCCAACAGGCAGAUAAUUUUGCCGUUGAAUAG